GCAGGUCCUUUUCCUUGUAUAUUUUCUAAUAAAUCUGAUCAGAUACGUAGCUAAUCCCUGCUCCUGCAAAGUCACCGAAAACCGUUUAUUUUGUGGAGUGUAUCAAGAAAAAUGAAAGCAGUAGUGAUAACUACACCAGGUGGCCCAGAAGUGCUGCAAUUACAAGAAGUUGAAGACCCACAAAUCAACGAAGAUGAAGUCUUGAUCAAAGUAGAAGCCACAGCCUUGAACAGGGCAGAUACUCUCCAAAGACAAGGCAAGUAUCCACCUCCUAAAGGAGCUAGCCCAUAUCCUGGUCUUGAAUGUUCAGGCACCAUUGAAGCUGUCGGAAAAAAUGUCUCUCGCUGGAAAAUUGGUGAUCAGGUUUGUGCUCUUCUUAGUGGAGGAGGGUAUGCAGAGAAAGUGGCUGUUCCAGCAGGACAAGUACUUCCUGUUCCACAAGGUGUUUCGCUUAAGGAUGCUGCUGCUUUGCCUGAAGUUGCAUGCACUGUUUGGUCAACUGUUUUCAUGAUGAGUCGGCUGUCUGCAAGGGAAACGUUCCUGGUUCACGGGGGCUCGAGUGGAAUUGGUACAUUUGCAAUUCAGAUAGCUAAACAUCAAGGGGUUAAGGUGUUCGUGACGGCAGGGAGUGAGGAAAAACUAGCUGUUUGUAAGGAUCUUGGAGCUGAUGUAUGCAUCAAUUACAAGACUGAGGACUUUGUGGCACGAGUGAAGGAAGAAACGGGUGGGAAAGGUGUUGACGUUAUUCUGGAUAGUGUUGGAGCACCCUAUUUUCAGAAAAACGUAGACAGCUUAAAUAUUGAUGGGAGGCUUUUUCUCCUUGGCUUCAUGGGUGGAGCUGUGACACAAGUAAAUCUGGCUUCUUUGUUUGCAAAGCGCAUCACAGUGCAAGCUGCUGGCUUGCGAACUAGAACUCUGGAAAACAAAGCAGAAAUUGUGAGUGAGGUGGAAAAGAAUGUUUGGCCUGCAAUUGUUGCAGGCAAGGUGAAGCCUGUGGUGUACAAGUAUCUUCCAUUAUCUGAGGCAGCAGAGGGUCACCGGCUCAUGGAAAGUAGCCAGCAUAUUGGUAAGAUACUGCUUGUCGCAUGAUGCUACUAUUGAUAGCCAUACAGCAAAGUCGUGAAUCAUGAUGUCGAUCUGCAACGUUUCUGUCUAUGGUGCCUGUAAUGAGGGAAUAAAUAUCGAGUCAUUGUAUUUACGUAUGCAGUUUAUGAACUCGAUGUUUCAGCAACCGAGACAUAUUCUCAUAGAAGUGAAUGGAAACCUCACAAAAUUUGAUGCGAUGGCCUGAUCUGAAGGGUCAUCCAUUUGAACUUAUUAUUUCAAAGCUCCUCUUAUUACAACUCA